AUGGGGGGGGCGCAGUACGGCCAGGACCACAUGUACGGCCAGGACUUCGGGGUCCAGGGGGCGGCGUAUUAUGCCCAGGGCGUGCCCGCGGGGCAGCAGAUGAUGAUGCAGCAGCAGUCAGAGCAACGCGAGGGGGAGCAGGAGAAAGGGAAAAACGGCGCGCUCCCCUGGCAGACGGAGGCAGAGCGCAAGGCGGAAAGGGCCGAGAUGCGCACGAUGAUGAAGGCUCAGAAGGAGAAGCAGGACUUCGUCGACCGAGAGAGCACCAUCAAGUGGCUGUGCUCCCUGGGCACCGUGAACGCCUUCCUGCUGAUCAUCCCGAUGUUCGGAAAUACCUGGCUGGAUCAGCCGUUCAUCGGCCUGGGGGUCAAGAUUCUCAAAAUCAAGAUCUCGUUGUUCAACAUCCACGUGGACGUCGAAUGCGGGAAAAAUUGGCUCGAGGACAAGUUCUGCAAAGGUAUCGUGACGAAGAUGAAGGGCACACACAGCUUGCAGGAUGCUAAACAGCUUGCGUGCUCGACGACCCAGUACUUGCCAGGGAAUAUGGCGUGCUAUAUAAUGUCGAAGUGUUUUUUCCUCAAUCUCGCGCUCUUCGGGGCCUUCGUGCUGGCAAGCGUAUUUAGCCUCUGCGGCGUCAUGUUCCUGUCCCACUACUGGUACUCGAAGCCGCUGCCGAACAUCAGGAAGUGGGCGUGCUUCUUCUACGGUGCGUCGGCUUUCUGCGCCGUCGGCGGGCUGGCUGGUUGGGGGAUGGCGCGGGCCCCGACGGAGAACCUCCCGCGCGCCUGGACGGAGACCGCGGGGGCGGCGACCUUUGACCUGUUCGCCAUCAAGCCGGUGCCGGGCCCCCCCUGGGGCUGGUGCGCCUAUGUCUCGGGCAUCGUCGCCUUCUCCUACGCCCUGCAGUUCCUCCUCUGGCCCGCGUGGUUCCAGCCGCACGAGAAGGAGGAGGAGGCCAUCACGAACGAGGUGAUGGCCCAGGAACACAUCGAGCAGCGCAUCCUCGACAUGCAGAACAGCAUGCUGCCAGGCGGCGCCAUCCAACAGUGA